AUGCUUCCUGCCCCCCUGAGCUUGUUGUUCACGGUGGCAGUCAUCGGGGCGAUGGCGUAUUUCGUGUGGUACAGCAAGACGCGCAAGGAGCCAGGAGGCGGAUCGGGCUCUGGCGGCAGGGUAUACUACGUGGACAAUUGCCGUUUUUUCCUCGAGACGCUGGUCAUCUCAAAGCACAUGGUGUCUUGGUUUUACGAUGGAAGAUUGCAGAAUAAUUACGAUUGCUGGUAUAUGACUGCCCUCACGAACUGGACCGAGUCUUUCCACAUGGCCAUGUUCGCUUGUUGCAGUGGUUUGCUGUCGAAGGGCUACCUGACCCCAGCCCGCUCCAAGCGGACCAUGAUGAGAGUCGUGGUGCCCUUUAUUCUGCUGAAUUGGCUGGUGUACCCGGUCAGCCAGUAUAUUAUUCUUGGGAAGCCAACUCCUUCGCAUUGGCAUAUCAUCCCGAGCCCCUUGGUUCACGAAGGUAUUCUGUGGUUCCUGUACUCUUGGCUGUUCUGGAGGAUUACAACAGGCGUAUUCCUUUCCACGAUGCCCCCACACACGAUGCUAAUCGUCAGUUACCUGAUCUCUUGGAUGGGCGGGUACUGGUUCGAAGACGUGGGAUACCUGAGCCUCGAUACGAGCUUCGCCUGGCUCCCCAUGUACUGCACGGGCUACGUGAUCCCGCUCCGCUCCCUCGAGGCGCUGGACAAGAGGUGGGUCAAGGCGUGCGGGUUGGUGGUGACCGUGCUCAUCCUGAGCUUGCACUUGUCAUUCGCCUACCUCGCGGACCCGGACGUGGGAGAGCUCGGGGUCGGGGUGGGCCCAGACAGCGUCGACCACGACCAGGCCUUCGACUAUGGCCUCUACUUCCAGCCGUGGAUGUCCGCCUCGAGCCGACACUUCUACUUUCAGCACCAGGUUCACGUCAAGUUUAAAGAGCCCAGCAUUUACUGGACCGCAUGGACUCAGCGCGUGGUGUUUCAGUUCCUCGUGACCUGGCCGACAGGAGUUGCUCUGAUGGCUCUGGUGCCGCACUCGCAGAAGUUCUUCACAGAGUGGGGGUCCCGCACCAUGUACGCGUACGUUGGACAGGUAAUCUCGAAGAUGAUCCUCAUGCGCGUCUUUCUGUCCUGCUUCGACACCGACAAGCCGUUCGGCGCGACGGGCGACCAAAUGUUUGGUCCGUUGAUGUCGCUCGUGUUCGGCAUCGCCCUUGGGCUGAUCACGAACGUGUCCUGGGCGUGUAGCUACACGCAUAUGUGGAUGAAGUACAUCAUGGAGCCAGAGUGGGUAUUCGCGGUCUUCCUGGACGACGACCAGCUUUUGGAGCUGACCGCGGAGAAGAAGGUUAGCAAGCCGCCGCCGCCGCCGCCCCCGCCCGCCAAGAACGACGUGGAAGAGAAUGACGAGGACGACGAGGACGACGACGGCGAUGGCUCCGACGACAGCAGCGAGGAGACCCUGAAGCCGCUGUGGAGGCGGCUCUUUUGA